AUGAGUCACCCACAAGGAUUUAGUAGAGCGGAAAGCAAUGAAAGCUGGACACAAUAUGACUCAAGUAAUGGCCGCCUAUGGUACCAUGAUACUAGAGUCACUGGGGCUGACAAGUUACGUUCUAUAGGUGCUUCAUACCAGAUCUGCGGUGAUGGAAGUAAGCGAAUGUUCAGCCACCUUCCUCUCCUUGAACGUAGCCAGGCUUACGUUGCCUUACAACAUCUUCAUUCAGUUGAUAGCUUUGAUGUUUUCAUCUGGCCUGUGGGAGUAACACUAGGCAACCACACUGCCUGGGAUGCGGAUCCCUUUCCUUUCUCUGGAAGCCAGCUAUUCGUUGGCUACAGAUUACUUGAGCAUAAUGGUGCUAAUGUGCGGUAUUUGGGUUGGAUUUUAGACCCAGAUAACGAAGAUCCAGCAUCGGAACAGUCGGAAGGUGAAGAAUCAGACAAUAAAGAUCUAGAUACGUGCAUUGUUUUGUAAGUUAUCCGAACGAUACAAAAGCCAACGCGCAACUCUUUCUGAAAAGUCCCCUCCAAUGCCCCAUUAACAACAAUAUAAACCCCUUCCUUGAAAGAUCCUUUGUUUCCAUUUUAGUAGUGAUAAUAUGUAA